CACACCUUCCUCUUCUUCUUCAACCUUCACACGAACAUAUUCAAUUAAAAACACAAUUUUAAAAUCAUCCUCUCACAAAAAAAAAAAAAAAUAUCCUUUCCUUCUCCAUCUCUCCCUCCAUUUCGGUCGACCUCUCACCGAAAAUCAAACCCUUCAAUUUUCCCGAGAAAAGAUUUUCCCUUUUUUUUAUAAUAAUUCUACCGGGAAAAUUCCGUGUUGAGAAGUCCAAACGAUUGGAUCCAAAACUUCUCGCGCCUAAUUUAUCGGUUUGGUAUUUGUUGUUGUUACAAGUCACUCGACUUUCUCCGUUUUCUCUUUGGGCUUUCUUCUCGUGUUGCCCCCACCACCGUUUCUUCGACUUCGCCGUCGCCACCACCGGAGAGAUUCUGUGGGGUAGCCAUUUUCUUCUUUGCGAGUUUCGAGAUCCAAUUCCCGCAAUUUCAGAUUUCAAUUCGAUCCUGUGAUGCAAUUGGAGCAACAAGAAGAAGAAGAAGAAGAAGAGAACUGAUUCUGAUCUGUAAUCUGCAAUUUUUGUUUUUUGUUUUUUUUUGGGGUAAUUUCUCCAGCGAAACCCGAACUAUGAACACGACGUUACGUUACGAUCCGAAACAGAUCUCGAGGCAGACGAAACCAUCAGACACUCCAUCGUCUUCUCCGUCUCGUAGCCACCGGAGACAGCCUCUGCUCCAGAGAAGUCUCUCCUCUCCUUCCCCAAGAGCCACUUGCGGCGGAUCCACUCCCGCCGAGUUUUGCGGUGGCACGACGGCGAGUUGCGCCGCCGUUUGGUGCUGCUGUCCCUGCGGACUCGUCAACCUUCUCGUCCUCGCCAUCUACAAAGUCCCCCGUGGACUCUGCCGCCGCGCUCUCCGCAAUCGCCGCCGUAAACAGCUCGUCAAAAACGGAAUCCUUCCGCCGCUCCCGACGGACGGGAAAAAAAACGAGAGGAUCCAGAGAGUGUUUCAGAACUCGGAAUUCGCGAUUCAUCCAUUGGAUAGCAACGACGUCUCGGAGGAAGACGACGACGAAGACGAAUUCUUGGAUCUGAAAUACAUCGGAAAAUCAGCCGCUGGGCUGAUGACAACGGACGAGGAGACCGAUGAAGACGACGAGGCUGUGUUGGCAUUAGAGAAAGAGAUGUGGAAUAGGUUUUACGGCGCCGGAUUCUGGCGAAGUCCGUCGCAGAGAGAAUCAGUCUCGUCUCCGAGAGUUUCGAAGUCUCUUUCGUCGUCGCCGAGGCCAUCGUUUACUGAAGUAUUCAGGAACACGACUGUUAAUAGAGGCGGAGGAGGAGGAGGAGGAGGAGCUACGGUGGUGGCGGCGGCGACACCGAGAGCCGUUCGGCAUUGAUUAGGCUUAUUAAAUAAAAAAAAUCUUGUUAAUAGAUUUUUCUUUUUAUUUCUUGAUUGUGUGCAAAUCAAAGUGUGAGUCUUGCCUUUCUUUGUGUUUCUUACAAUUUGUCACAAACUUUCUAUCAAUCUUUGAUGUGAGAUUUCUUUUCAGUGCUA